UUCUGAACCUACGGGUGACGGGAAGCAACCUAGUGGUUUUUCGGUGGUUUUCUGCGGUUGUUUUUUUUGUGAGAAUCAUUCAGGGUUGUGAGUGAUCCUGUAGUGUGAGCCAGUGAUUUUGAAUCGGACAUUACACGAAGGGAAAAAAGGACGAGAAGGAUUCUGUGUGCAGUUUCUGUGGAUUAGUAGCAGCGUCCAGCGAAGAGUGUUGUUCUGAUCAAGAUGAUGCUGUUCGUCGUAGCAUCAGCGCUGGUUGCGCUAGCGCAAACCGACGCUGUCAACGUGGCCACCUCGUACAGCGUGAUUCACCACGGAGAACCGCAGGAACGCGUCCUUCACAAAUCGCAAAUCUUUGCCCCAUCCACCCACGUUGUCCACGCAGCCCCACACUUCGCCCCUCUGGUCAGUGCCAAGACCACCAAGUACACCGUCCCAUUCCUGAGCGCCUACAAUAAGGUCACCCAGUGCCCGGCUCCUCCACUAUGCACCAAGUCCCGCUACCGCACCCUGGACGGAUCGUGCAACAAUCUGCAGAACCCAACCUGGGGUACCCCGAACCGUCCGUACGGUCGUCUCUUGACUCCAAAGUAUGGUGAUGGUGUCUCUACGCCAACUACCUCGGUCACCGGCCAGGAUCUACCCAACUCCCGUCUCAUCUCGCUUGUUGUCUUCGGCGAUGAGGAUGUGCCCGAUCCACAGUUCACCCUGGCCAACAUGCAGUGGGGACAGAUCAUGACCCACGACAUGAGUCUGCAGGCCGGUGGUACCCAGUCCAAGAAACACGCUACCAGAUGUUGUACCGACGACGGCAAGCUCAUCGGCAAGGCUUCUGCUCCAGCCACCUGUUAUCCAAUCAUCGUUCCGGAGAAUGACCCCGCCCACUCCCAAACCGGAACCGAGUGUAUCAACUUUGUCCGUACUCUCACGACCCGCGAAGACGCCUGUACCCCAACUCACCCAUCCGAACCGGCCGAACAGCUCACCACCGUCACCUCGUGGUUGGAUCUCUCCAUGGUCUACGGCAACUCCGAUCAGCAGAACGCCGGCAUUCGUGCCUUCACCGGAGGUCGCAUGGCUACCGUCGAGCGCGGUGGAUACGAAUGGCCACCAAAUAACCCCAACGCCACCACCGAGUGCGAUCUGGUCUCCCGCGACGAAGUCUGCUACCUGGCCGGAGAUGCCCGUGUCAACCAGAACCCAGGACUGACCAUCAUGCAGAUCAUGCUGCUCCGUGAGCACAACCGCAUCGCCGACAACCUCCAGAAGCACAACCCCCACUGGGACGACGAACUGCUCUUCCAGGAAGCCCGCCGCAUCAACAUCGCCCAGUACAACUACAUCAACUACUACGAGUGGCUGCCAAUCUUCCUCGGAAAGGAGAACAUGCUCAAGAACCGUCUGAUCUACAACGUCAAGGCCGGAGACUACAUCAACGACUACGACCCAGCUCAGGAUCCCUCCGUGCUGAACUCUCACUCCACUGCUGCCUUCCGUUAUUUCCACUCCCAGAUUGAAGGACGUCUCGACCUCGUUUCCGAAAUCCGCAAGCCCACUGGAUCCCUGCGUCUCAGCGACUGGUUCAACCGUCCCUCGAUCAUUGAAGCCGGCGACAACUACGACUUCCUGGCCCGUGGUAUGGCUACUCAACCCGAGGAACUCACCGAUGUCAACUUCGAUGCUGAAAUCAAACACUUCCUGUUCCGCCGUGGACGUCCCUUCGGAUCCGAUCUGCGUGCCUUCGAUAUCCAGCGUAACCGCGAUCACGGUCUGGCCGGCUACAACGAUUACCGUGAAUUCUGCGGCUUCAAGCGCGCUCACUCCUGGGAGGACUUCAUGGAUCUGAUCUCGCCACAGGAUGUCGCCAAGCUACAGUCAUUGUACACCAGCAUCGACGAUGUGGACCUAACUGUCGGUGGUUCGCUGGAAUCGCACGUUAACGGAGCCCUGGCCGGACCGACCUUCCUGUGCAUCCUGACCGAGCAGUUCUACCGUACCCGUGUGGCCGAUCGUCACUUCUUCGAACGCGGCGACAAGGAUGCGGCCUUCACCCGGGAACAGCUGGCCGAAAUCCGCAAGGCCAGCAUGGCCCGUAUCUUCUGCGACAACGGUAACCACGUCACCUCGAUGCAACCGAAGGCCUUCUGGCGGCCAUCGACCCACAACCAGGUCGUGUCCUGCGCGGAGAUCCCCGAGGUCGAUCUGAGCAUGUGGAAGGAUCUGUCCUACGACAACAGCCUGCACUCGUUCCACUACUUCCACAACUUCAAGAAAUAAGCCACCACUGAACUGAAACAGAGAUGAUAUUAUCACGUGCAUUCCACGCGAACUUUACCACUUAGCGAAACAAGCUCAAAGCUAUGUAGUUUAUUCCUAUGAUGCCAGAUUGUUUGCUAGUUGUUCCCCCUUAGUUCCCAAAAUCCUCCAUUAUCCUUCCCUAAAACCCCCUUACGAUACUCCCUAAGAAUUCGUCUAAAAUUUUGUGUUUCUUUUUUGUUUAUAAUCGUGUGUGAUAGAAAAUCUACUGUUUUGCGCCUAAUUCCGACUACGAAAAGAGUCAACAAAAAUCCGCCUUUAUUAGAACCUAUUGUUUGCCAUAAGAAUGAUAUUGUGAGUGUGAAACAAACACAGAAAUUCGACGACACUCACCCACACAAACGAACAAAGAUGAAUCGAAAAGAAAACAAACCCACAAAGUGUAAAAAAUCCCAUUUGCGCGCUCAUAGAACAAUAGCAUCGUAGGUGUAGAUGCCUACGAGACAUACCCAUAUUGUAGAUGUGAUCGUACAACCAGUGAAGAAUACAACAAACAAUACGAAAAGUUACAAACCCCGCCUGCCCCGCGUUGAAGUAUUAUGUAGUGCAAAGUUACUACUCAAUACGAGCUAUUAUUAGUUAAUUUAGUAGUGCUAUGUUUUUUUUGUUUAGACUUAUUUAAUGUAUAGAUGAUGAAGACGAGGAGAGAAAAAAAGAAGUGUACAUGUUGAAAUGUAACGCACGUUUUGUUGUGAAUAAAGAAAUAAAUUAAGAAAAUAUA